GUCGUUUUUAGUUUCUUCAUCGAUUACUAUCACCUACUAUACUAUUGGUGGGGCAGCAACUUAUCGUCGUUUCUACCUAUAUACUAGAUACUCAUAUAAUUCCUCACGUAUAACCAACCCUUCAUAACCCCCAUCAUACUCGCAACUCCCAUCAUGGCAGACCUCUUCGACAUCCAAGCCCAAUCCGCCCGCCUCGAGCGCCAAGGCCUCCCCCCGCAAUCUCAGCAAUACAACACCCUCCCGCCUCUCAAUCUCAUCCACGCCGCCGAGGCCUCCUUGCCCAAUCCAUCUGACCCAAGCUACCUUUCCGGCCAGCCUGCCACCAAAGUUGCCUCGCACAUCACACAAGACAUUGUCCCAGCGUUAUGCGGCCAAUCUCAAUCGAGCCGCUAUUUCGGCUUCGUCACCGGCGGCGCCCUCCCCGUGGCUGAAUGGGCCGACAAUGUCGUCUCCCGCAUGGACCAAAAUGUCCAGGUCCAUUUGCCUGAGCAGUCUGUAUCCACAAUGGUCGAGAAUGCUGCUCUGGAGAUGCUGCUGGGCCUGCUUCGCCUUAAAGAAUCGGGUUGGAAAGGCCGGACCUUCACCACCGGAGCCACGGCCAGCAAUGUGCUCGGCUUGGCCUGUGGUCGAGAGGCUGUUGUCGAGAAAAAAGGUGCGUCGGUGGGUGAGCUGGGCUUGCUGGGCGCUUGCGCCAAAGCUGGAGUCUCUGACAUUCAAGUCCUUACCAGCGGGGGCCACAGUUCGCUCUCCAAGGCAGCGAGCAUAGUUGGUCUGGGGAGAGCUUCGGUCAAGGAGCUUCCUCGAAGCGCAAGCCAGCCUUGGAAGUUGGAUCUUGACGCAGUGGAGAGAGAACUGGGUCGUCCUGGGGUGGCGAGCAUUAUUGCCGUUAGCAUGGGAGAAGUGAACACGGGUGGCUAUGCCCUUGAUAAUGUCGACGAGUGGAAGAGGUUGAGAGGGCUAGCAGAUCAACAUGCUGCAUGGAUUCAUGUGGAUGGAGCCUUUGGAAUCUUCAGCCGGGCCCUGGAAGAGGACCGAGAUGAAUAUCGCCUGCUUCAUACUCGAGCUCAAGGUGUCGACAUGGCCGACAGCAUCACAGUUGAUGGCCAUAAAAUGCUCAACGUUCCAUAUGACAGCGGCAUGUUCUUCACCCGCACCCCGUCUAUCCUUCAAUCCGUCUGUGUCAACCCAAACGCCGCAUAUCUAGCCUCGGGCACAGUAGCCAGUAUCCCAUCUCCUCUCAACGUCGGCCUCGAAAACUCGAGACGCUUCCGCGCGCUGCCAGCCUACGCCGCUCUCCUCAGCCAGGGUCGCCCUGGCUAUGCCAAGCUAUGCCACAACAUGGCUCAACUAUCGCGGAAAUUGGCCAUCUUCCUGCGAGAGUCGCCGCAUUAUGAACUCCUCCCUGACGAGAGCAGUGACGUUGAGGAAGUCUUUAUAAUUGUUUUGUUCAAGGCGAAAGAUGGUAAGCUGAAUGAUGAGCUGGUUGCCAAGAUCAACGCAACGAGGCAGAUGUACGUGAGCGGUACGAGCUGGAAAGGCGAAAAGGCUGUGAGAGUCGCCGUCUCGAACUGGAUGGUCGAUAUUGAAAGAGAGUUUCGAGUCGUGUCAGCGCUUUUGAACGCUGUUGCCGAGGGCAGAGAAUUCGACAUCGAAAAAGUGUAAAUAAUGUAAAAAGAAGCCGGCCCCCAAUACGGGUAUCGUACAAGAGAAAGAAAAGGAAAAGAAAUCCAAUGCCGAUAAAAGUAGAAAUAAAUCAUCGCUCAUAGUUCGAAUGCGCUGCCCCAUGCCAUGCCAAGAAUCCAUCUUGCUUCCAUCUAUAUUCUCGCACGUCCCUUCAGUUUUCUUUCUCUCCUCUCUUAACCAAACUUCUUGGACCCUCCCUUCUGCGACAACUUCUUGCUGCCCUUCUUCCCCGGCCCAAUCAGCUCGAGAUGUCCCGCCCUCUCGCCCAGCAGCGCCUCCGUCUUGGCCACCAUGCCUGAUGUGAAUUUCUUGAGGAGCUUGUCGGCGCUGGGCUUUGACUUCUUGGGCUUGGUGACCUUUGACGCCUGGCGCUUCGAGUGGAUGGCCUUUGGCGCGGCGGCCUUGUUGGACUUUUUGAUUGAUCCUUGCGC